AUGAGUUGUCCGAUUUGUGAAAAUCGUCAGCUUGUUGAAGAUGAGAAUACUGGGCAGUUAAUCUGUUCAGAAUGUGGAACUGCUACAGGUGUAUAUAGAGGAGCUACCCAAUCGCAGGAUUUCUCUGAAACCCGUGGAUUACGAGUAAUUCAAAAGACUGAACAUUUAGUUAGUCAAUCCAAUCAAGCAGCUACAGAUAACCUACCGGAUACUUCAAGACACAUAAAAGUUGAACCAGAUGAUAUAUAUGAACCGAAUAUGAUUCCUGUUUCUCGUGACAGUUUGCCGAACUCAAUAGAUGAUCUUUUCUGUGUGAACGAGGUGAGCACUAAUUCCGCUCAGAAAGAAAAGCGCUUUGAAAGGUAUCGUCCUUGGCGAUUAUCCGAACCAUUUACAUUCAUAAUGAGGCGUCAAGCAAAUUGUUUGGCUAAAGAAUUGGAUCUUUCUGUAGAACAAAAAGUAUCAUUUUGUGAUACUGUUUGGAACAUAUGGCUUCACUAUUUGGCCAUAACUGGUGAACUUGGCUCUGAUGCUUGGGUAAAUGCAGCUCUUUUAUUAGCGAAUUCGAUUGGUGAAGUGCUCAAAGGCAACAUAAUAACCUCGAACGAGAAGCCUACCUAUAAAAUAUUACGGAAACACAAAACGUCGAAUCACUGUUAUACGACUGCCCAUCGUGAAUACGAAUGGGAACUCAUGAAAAGUCGAAUAAGUCAAUUUCAGUGGGUUGGUUGGGGCAUAUUGUAUGAACCACAGGAAGGCCGGGAAAUAGGUAAUGUUCUACAGCUGUGUCAAAAAAACAAAGCGUCUAAACAAGUGAAAAAAAGUGAUGGAAAAAGUAAAACACUCAAACAACGAGGGAGAAAACGGAAGGACAUUACUGAGUCUGAUUCAUCGGAAUCCGUUCCUCCUGAUGAUAAUUAUGAUGCUCAAUCUGUCCAUUCAUUCGUUGAUAAUGAUGGAAGAGAUUUGAGAAAUUUAAAGACUCAUGAUCCAGACUUGCCCUAUCAAUCUAAAGCUGUAGAAUCAGAAUUAUUCCCCAAUGAUGAUUGUACACAAGAAACACUAUCUCCGUAUUUCACCAAAAAGCUAUCUCGGUCACAAGCGAUGGGUCAAUUAAUUUGGCGUGGUCAAAUUGAAGGUCGUUUUAACUGUCGUGUGUUAAUGGAGCAUAACUUGGCUGUUUUGUUCAUUGCUUGUUUAACUACUUUUCCUGUACGAAGAGCAGUCAAUCCAUUAUUUUCCUCACAAUUUAUAAAUCCUAAUUUCCCAAAUAUUCCAUGUGCGCUUACUACAAUGAUCACUUUAAAAGAUUUACAAGACUUAUGCAUUAGUCAUCGUUUACCUUUCAUAUCCGUUGAAGGUUUAUUUCCUCCAGGGGCAUUUUGUAUUCGUGAUCAAAGUCUACUGGGUUUAAUCAGACGUCAUAGACCUCCGGAAAUCGACCAUUUGGCAUAUGCAACUGCUCGGAUGCGUGAAUUUAUUGGAUUGAACCAUUUCCCAAAAUAUCCACUAAGCUGGUUGAUGCAUCGUCAUAUAACUGCUCUAGGUCUUCCGGUAGUAAUGCAUACAUUUGUACAACCUUUGUUAGAGAGACUACAGCAAAAAUGUACUCCUGUUGAUAAAUACAUACACUACCCAUUGUUAAAUUUAAUCCCAUGGCCAAGAGUCGUUCGACCGGAAGUAUUUGCAAUGGCAUUAGUUGUCAUAUUAUUACGUCUUGUUUUCAAAUUCAAUGAUGUCUUUGAACAUCGGCUUAGUUCUGUUGCCAAAGCUCUGGAGCUAUUUCCGAAUCGUCCAGUUAAAAAUGCUCAAACGUCUAAUAUCUCGUUAUACGACCGACCUUUUAUCUGGAUUUCAUGGGUGCAGUAUAUUGACUCACGAUUUCAUCCAUCCCACAAACUUAAUUUACAUUCCUCAAAGAGUGAUCUAAUUUCAUAUAGUAAUGCUCGAGUUCGUGAAUCUAAUCAACCAUUAGUUUUGACUGCCAGUCAAGGUUCUGAACUAUUAAACUUAGAUAAAGCUUCUGACUUCUUAGGUUCAACUGAAUUCAAAGUUGGUCGUGAUAUUGGCUGGGGUGAGAAAAGUAUGAAGAAAAUUAAAGUGGCUGAUAACAUCUACUGAUUCAUAUGGAUUUAAUGAUUGCACUAUAAGAGAAUGGUGGUUACAUUUGAUCAAUCAACGAUCUGAUUAUUUUUCAAUAUGUAUUGGAGAAUGGUGUUCAAAUUUUUCCGGUAAAUCUCAAUGGAAAAAUCGUAAUCGUAGCAAACAACCAAUUAUUUUACCUAAACCAGUAGAAGAAUUCAUUGCUAAGCAUGAUGAAAAUUUAUCCAGAGCAUUUGACCAUGGUGGUGAUGAAUUGGUCCAUGACAAACAAAAAGACAAGGAUAAUUCUCCCAAUGAAGGUUUAUUAGAAUCCAACAGCGAUCCUCCUAACUCAAAACCUAUUUGUUUACAUUGUUCCAACCCAAGCCAAAGCAUGAAAUGGCUAGUCAACGUCUGUGCAAUGGUUUGUGGGGCAUCUAGUAUUAAGUCACUGCUUACUGAGAUUGAAUGUCUGGAACGCCUACUUAAAUGGCAUGCGAACGCCUUAUGUUCAUCCUCUUUUUUGGGAAAUGAUGCACGUCAAAUUGACUACGCACUUUUGUCAUUUUUCGAUUUGAAUGUAGAUAUUAAUGAGCUAUCAGGAAGUGGGUAUCGUGAGUAUUGGAAAUCUGUAAUCUAGUUUCUCUGCAGAUUUUUCUCUACAUACCUUCUGAUGCGUCACUUGCACACUAAUUUGUACAGAGAUACCAAUUGUUCAUAGUUUAUUUCACUUACUUAACUUGGAUCAGAUUUAUAAUAACUGUGUAUUCAGAGCAAAG